UCAACUGUAAAUGUAUGCGUAUGUUAUUCAGUCUGUAACCGUUUGUACCAACGGUACCUUGUUGAUUAGCUUCCGGACCAUUAAUGGCUUCAUUAAAACAACCCCAGAAAACAUCCGUUUACGUUCGCGCUCCCCCAAUCGGAUCUGAUGCUCAGCAGUCAUUCCGUGACAAAGUGUGGAUCUAUUUCCAGAAGAAACAAGUGAGCAAGGACAGCGACGUAGAGGAUGUGUGUGUCCUGUCCUCUGACGAUGAGGCACUAUGGCUGAAGGUUACGUUCAACGAGCCGUCUGGCGUUGAGGCCGUAUUAGCUACAAAGUACCACGAGCUGAUUUCCGAGCACGAAACCAUUCCUCUUCAUGUUCAGUCAUUCUUCCCGAGUCCAGGCUUCACAGCACCGCCCGUCGAAUCGGAUUCCGGUAGUGAGAUUCUAAAUUUGGUGGGUAUCAUUGGUAGUUUAUAGC